UUUUGAAUUAUUCAAUGUUGUGAACUGGGCUGUCAUUUCUGUUUUCCUCGUUACGCAGUUUGUGUUUCUAUUUCUCCUGUAUAAAAUGGAGGCUGCAAAGAACAAGUCUAUCUUUUCACGAAGUGUACCGAAAUUGCCGGGCAAAGCUAGUUCAAGUCCUCGUAAGGAGAUCACAGCUGGAGGUGCUCAGAGGAAUACUCCUGCAACUUCAUUUGAUGAUUUCCAAGAGAGUGUGAGUGAUGCAUGGGAUCUGGGAGAUGAUGAGUUCUGUGUUAUAUCAGAUGUUAAAAUUUCAAAGAAAAUGGCUCAAUCAACAGCAGCCAGUGUUAUCAACAGACACAGAACCCAGAGUGCAGAUCACAUUACAAACAACCAUCAAUCCCAGUCUAUUCCCAAAAAUGCCAACAGAUCAUUUCCUGGCCAUCCUCACCCCUUUUUAGAAUCUGCCCAGUCUAGGAAAUUGAAUGAAGAUUUACAAAGUGGGAAAAUGGAAAAGUUUAAUACCUUGAUAAAUAGUGCCAAUAGUAGUAUGAAGGAAUUAGAAGAAUCUAGCUGGCAUGGUAUCCCACCUUCUGUAAGGGCUAUAACUUGGCGACUCUUAUCAGGGUACAUUCCAAUCAAUCUCGAAAAGCGUGGACCAACGCUGAAGCGGAAACGCGAAGAGUACUGGAAUCUCGUCGAGCAGUACUACGAGACUCGUCUUGAAGAAACACACCAAGAUACCUUUCGACAGAUACACAUAGACAUUCCUAGAAUGAGUCCUUUAAUCGCUCUCUUCCAACAAAGCAUUGUUCAGGAGAUGUUUGAGCGCAUUUUGUACAUUUGGGCAAUGCGUCAUCCGGCGUCUGGAUAUGUACAAGGAAUCAACGACCUUGUUACCCCCUUUUUUGUUGUCUUCCUCCAAGAAAUCAUACCGCCAGGUAGCGACUUAGAUACGCAUGAUGUAAGCAAGUUGUCCGAUGAGGAUCGCAAUAGUAUUGAAGCAGACUCUUUCUGGUGUUUGUCAAAGCUUCUGGAUGGUAUUCAAGAUAACUAUACCUUUGCACAGCCUGGUAUUCAGAAUAGAGUCCGACAAUUGAAAGAAUUGAUUGAGCGGGUCGACGUUGAGUUGCACCAACAUCUUGUGCGCCACGAAGUUGAUUAUUUGCAAUUUUCUUUUCGUUGGAUGAACAAUUUAUUGAUGCGCGAACUACCACUUUUAUGUACCGUCCGCCUUUGGGACACGUGUCUGGCUCAGUCUCAUGGCUUUGCCGAUUUUCAUUUGUAUACCUGUGCAGCAUUCUUACUGAAAUGGAGAAAUCCUCUUCUUCGACAGACAGAUUUUCAGGGAUUGAUGAUGAUGCUACAAAAUUUGCCAACCCAAUCUUGGUCUGAUGAAGAAAUUGGGGAAGUUGUAGCGGAAGCAUAUCAGCUUCACUACAUGUUCUCGAGUGCACCAAAUCAUCUUCAAGGCUCAGUGAACAAGCCUUGAACUUCAUCAUAUGAAUCAGAUCGCGAUAAAAUACUAGAAAAAAAAACGAACAAGCUGACAAUUGAUUCCAUGGCAAGCAGAAAGUGAGUUAUCACUUGUAAACAAAAACAGCAUAUCAACUUCUUGUUCAUGGAAUAGUGCUCAGUGCCUGCAUCACCCAAGUGGCUCUCGAAAAUUAUCAAUGGUGUCUACGUUUAUUGAUCUACCAUGUUCAUAGAUUUUUCAGUUACAUGUAAAUACAGUUUGGCAUAUUUUCAUGUCUCGAAAUACUAAA